GGCGGUGCUGCUGUUUUGCUGUCGAGUCACCUCUGUCGGGAUGGAAGAAAACGAGCCGCUAUAAUGCCGCAACGAAGCAUCUCAAAUCGGGACACUUAGACGCAAACCGUAGUUUAUCGUCAAUACUGCGCCGUUACCAUAACGUUUGGUCAAAAAAAUGAUGGAAGAAAUCGACAGGUUCCAAGUCCCUCCAGUCAACGGAGAGACGCAACCUUUGGAUCCAGCAGCCUCCUCCAACUCAGAAGGUGACCCUGAUGCCAAAGGAGAGACAGUGGCUAUAAACUACAAGCCCUCACCACUGCAAGUCCAAAUAGAGAAACAGAGGGAUCUUGCCAGGAAGGGAUCAGUGAAGAAUGGCACUGUGGGUAGUCCUGUCAAUCAACAACCUAAGAAGAAUGCUAGGACAAGGUUGGUUGUGCCAAAUAAAGGCUACUCCUCUUUAGACCAGAGCCCAGAUGAGAAGCCCCUUGUAGCACUGGACACAGACAGUGACGAUGACUUCGACAUGUCCAGGUACUCGUCAUCAGGAUACUCCUCAGCCGAGGUGAGAUGUCUGAGGGACCAGGUAUCUAUACACACAUUAUAUCUAAGUUCAUGUAGUGUCACUCUGUUAGCCAUAUCAUUUGGCGAAAGCACAAACAUCACCAUCUGGUCAUCGAACUCCAUCGUUACUUCAAUCCUUUACCAGCAAAUCAAUCAGGACCUCAACAUCCAGCUCCUGAAGGAUGGCUACCGACUGGAUGAGAUCCCAGAUGAUGAGGACCUAGAUCUGAUCCCCCCUAAAGCGGUCAACCCCACCUGCAUGUGCUGCCAAGCUGCUCCCUCCACAGCGUGUCAGAUCCAGUAGCACCACCCUCCUCUUCACAAAAGAAAAAAUACAGGGGCCACAAAAAGAGUGGAUUAAACAGUUUGCACACCUUUUAGAAGAAGAAGGAAAAGAAGGGUCUGUAAAUGUCUGAGUCAGCGACUGAGGUAGGCUACACCAAUGGAUCUUGUGCACGUUCCUCCUAUGGUUGGAUGUGUGCACCUUCUGCAUUGUAUGGUGAACUAGGACUGCAAUGAAGGCACAAACAUCAGCUUGAAGGAAAACCUAUUACUUCUUCCCCGACCUUUCUUCAUUACAGUAGAUUUCAUUUUGCUCACAUGGACCAUUCAGGACUGUUGAUUAGAAACAACAUUGGACGAAAGACCAGACACCUCUGAUGGAGAUAAGGAAUCAUUUGAAUUAUUUCAUCUGCUUCUGGUAAAAGAUUGGAAUUUGUGUGGAUCCUCACUGCCAGUCUGCUUUGUCUUCAUGUGUGUGUCCAACAUAAAGAUAAUGUGAAUGUGUGAGUAGUACCCAGAGAAUUAGCCCUCAACCAUCAAGCUUCUCACCAUAAACACUUAAGGUAGUUAAAAUCUUAGUUUUCUAAUUCAUGUAAUGUCUGUUUCAUUAUUGCGGUAAAAAAAUAAAUAAAAAUAAAUAAAAGUGAAAACAAAUAGCUUUGCAUGCUGCCUGUUAAAACUGUCAAAUGGCCGACUUGUGCAGAUGAUUGCUCACUCUUAUUGACCCCUUAAUCAUACUGUCAGACAUCAUUCACGAUACUAUUUUUUUGAGAAGCUAUUUUUAGGAAAUGGUGGCAGAGCACUUUCUCAGCUAAUGGCUACCCAUGCAUCAAUAUGAAGGGAACAUCUUGUCUUGAGAAUUUAGCAGGAGUGGUACAAAAUAUAUUAUAACCUUAGAAACAUAAGCAUUACUGCAUGUGAGCUCUGUGUGCAUGCAACAACUGCCACAAAACUCAAAAAACCUGUAUAUCACACAUUGAAAAUUGGCAAUAUUUUCAUAAAUGAAUAUCAUUUCAAAGCUGUUAUGACAUUUUAUUUGAACACAUUUUUAAAAAGAAGCUCGUCGAGAGAAAUCGAUCAUAUGCAAGGUUUCUACUAGUUGCAAUGCAUUACUUUUUGUACCAAAUCCUACUAAUUUCUUGUGAGAACCUGCUGUUUUGUGCCAUUUUUUUGUACCUGCUGUGAAUUUUGACAUAAUUUACCGUAACGUCAGUGGCCACAUUUUUAUUUCUUUUUUUUAAUUUGAGGUUUCCUGUUUAAGAAAGGUGUAAAAUACUUUUAAGUUCUUCAGUUUUAUUUAAAUUGUGAUUUUGUUGUUGUUAUGUACAUAUCCAACCUGAUAUAUGUUUUGGACAAAUAUCCAUAAUACCUGCAACAGCUUUGAGUUUUCACUGCCAAUGGCCUUUUCUCACACAGUCGCUUUGUGUUUACUACACUGGUAUGUGCUAGCACUAUUGUGUGAAUUUGUUCUGAUAAAGGUGACCCGAAAAGACCAAGGCUGUACCCCACCCCGCCCCCAAACAUGUCAUUUUGUUCUACUUCCUGUGUGCCAACUUUGACCAGUUGGCUGAUAUAACUAAACCAUCACAAGCUGAGCUGUGCUUUAUAACUUGGAUACAACUUAGGCGUGUGUGUGGUUAACACUAAUGGAAGUUACGUAACAUUCAGAAUAUUUUCACGACUUGCACAAUGGAAAUUAUUUAAUUUUAUUCUUCAUAUAUUACAAUAUUUGGGGAAACCUUGUGUUCAUGCUUCAUAACUCACCUUGGGUCUCAUACUGUAUGUUUAUAGUUUUUUAAAAUGGAGAAAUACUACAUUGAGAUGUAGUAUAUCUAAAUAUUUUUUUGUUAGGUUAUUUUUGCAGGUCAAGUACUGUAUAUGAGGUCAUGUUUUGGUCCCCUCAAUGGGACAAAUUGUAGUAAAUGUAAUGAAUGGACAAACAAAUCCCAUAUUAAUCACAAUAUAAGCCUAUUAUGGAAUAAGUUUUCCCCUUUGACUAAAACCACACAAGGUGCCAACAUCGAUGGUUAAAUUGGUGGCAUUAUGUUAAAACAAAGUCUGUUUUGUUACUUAGCUUCUGUUUAUAGUAAACAUUUACACCGACCCGGUAAAAGAUACUAAGGUGUGUCAGUCCUCUUAUAACUAACACUGUUUCUGAACAGUGUCAUUUGAUUUAGCUGUAGCUUCACUUACCAUAUUUUGUCCAUAAUGACGCAUUAAACAAUACAUUUAUUUGCAGUUGUAACAUUUUAAAUUAUUUUCCAGUUUUGUGUAAAAAAUUAUUUCAACCAAUGUUUUGUUUUGUCAGACACUUAUGAUGACUAAAAUGGUUCCAUUUACACUAAACGGUGUUCAAGUUUUGUGUAUAGUGCAACAUGUCCCACAAAAAUAAAAUAGAUAUCUGAAACCCAAA